AUGUGCGCUCUCACGCGCCGUGACAAGAAAGAAGCUGUAGUCAAAGCCAGCCUUUAUCAACUUAAGCCUCGUCCUGCUCGUAAUGGUGAUGGUCGCUAUGAAAAUAGUCGAAAUGGCAAUUGUGGACGUCGCAAUGGCAACGGUAACGGUGGUCAUGGUGCGUGGAAGAAUUAUGCUGCGCGUAGUAGUGGUGAUCGGUUCAACGACCACUGUCAUGGAUGUGAAGGUAACUCAACGUGGUUUUCGAACAGUAGAGCUAGCUGCCACAUGUCUGGAAUGCUUGAUGACUUUAGUGACUAUCGUCAAUCGGAUACGCCAAUCAGUGUGAAGGUUUCCAGUGAACAAAGACUCCAAGCAAGAGGUGUUGGCCAAGUUCGUAUAAUUCUCGCUGGUGGUUGUAGUGUCAAGCACACGGCACAUCGAUGCACCUUCCUCGGCUACUCCGACAUGACGAAAGGUUUCCGUUGCUGGGACAUCGUUGACCACCGUAUUGUAACCACGCGGACGAUUCAGCUUGGUGAACGCCCUCCUCCAUGGCAUUGGACUGUUAUACCGACCGUCUCUCCGUCAUGCAAACAAAUGCAACGAUGCUCGUCACGCAUAACUGAAAAGAGAUCCCGAGGUCUUCUGCUACUGACAUCAAGGCGUUCAAAAACUUUUGAGGCCCGUAUACCCGCAGGAGGCGAAAUCGGCCACGCGGCUCGUAUUGAGCACUCUCGUCCUUACCUUUGGCAUGGAGUUCAAUUCGGGCAAGUCGUUCGCCAAAGCUACGCUGCAAAGGAUCAAAUCGCACUCAUGAUGAGUCGCAUGGCAACUCAGCACUUGGCAGGUUGUACCGUGACUUUAUAUUUGUCAAGUGUGUUAGAUGCUGAGCGGCAACCCGCGUCUGAAGAAGUUGAAGACUAUCAACGUUCUUGCUGGCAGAUUUUUCAUCAAAUUCUCCUACGUGGACUCACGGACAUAAUGCUUUAG